AACAGUCGGGUACAGACCAUCAUUCACGUUGAUCGUCUGUAAUUUCGUUCCUUUUACUGUUUUUCAUUUUUAGCUGAAUUUUGUCCUAGUUUAGAAAGAAUACCAACACAAGAUAAUAUACAAUAGUUUCUCCUAUCACUGUGUUCCCUAAUUGAUAAAAAGGUACGUUUGAAAACCUGAGAAUUUAUUUGGGAAAUGUAAAUGAAGGAAGUCAUUGCAGUAGAGUCACGUGGUUAACAUGGAACAAAACGUUGCAGUAUUUUCAUCAACUGCCGCGACAUAUUUUGGAGCCCCUCACUUACGGUUUGCGGCAGCCGGACCAGUAGUAAUGCCUAAUUCUGCUGUACAAACAAUGCAAAUAGCGUCGAAUCUCGGAGAAGUUCCCCUUACCAACACAGCUGCAUUAUCGCAACAAUCGACAACAAGUUUAUCAAAUCCAAAAGAAAAAACACCUAUGAGCUUAGUUAAUGAAUUAGCAAGAUAUAAUAAAAUAGACCAUUGUUAUACUUUGGUUGAUGAGAAAGGUCCACCCCAUGAAAAAGUCUUUUAUUUCAAUCUUCAACUAGGUGAAGAAGUUUACCAAGCCUCCGGUCCUAGUAUAAAAAAGGCUCAACAUAAGGCUGCCGAUACAGCUUUAAAGUCAACUAAGUAUCUCCGACCCACAUUCAAAUCCCGACCACACUCGAAUAGAAAUUCCACCAAUACGAACAAUAGUGGGUCAAAUCCUGCAAUAACGCCAACAGUUGAACUAAAUGCUCUCGCCAUGAAACGAGGAGAAAAAGUAUCUUAUAAACAAGUCCAAUGCCACCAGCAGCCAAGUCCAAAUGCUCCUUUUGUAAAUGGACGAGGAAUGUCUGCUCCGCGACUGUCACAUACCUUUUGUAUGUCAGUAUGUGUAGGGCCCCGUGAAUUUCUAGGAGAAGGAUCAACGAGACAAGCUGCAAAGCAUGAUGCAGCGUCUAAAGCUCUGCGUCUUCUCAAGUCCCUUCCACUUCCUUCUCAAACGCCAGAUAAGACUAAUAGUAAUACUGUUAAUGGAGAUUCUUCAUCCUCGAUAAAAUCAAACAUUUCUCAGUUGCAUGAGCUUGCUUUAAAACUACAUCUAGACUUAAAUUUUAAAGUUGCCAACGAAAGUGGACCGGCUCAUAUGAAGUCUUUUACGAUAUUAUGCACUGCUGUCGGUCAAACUGGUAACGAGAAAAUUAAUGAAGAAGUAUCUGGUUGUGGUAAUUCCAAGAAAUUAGCAAAGAAAGAGGCUGCUAAAAUGAUGUUAACGCAACUAAGCAGUCUUCCGGUACCGGAGAGCUCUAUAGUCGUUAGACCAAAGCGUAAUACAAAUAAUGGUAAAAAUAAAAUCAAACAGCAGAAAGCAUGCCCUGAAUAUGGACAAGAAGUAAAUCCGAUUUCAAGACUUAUUCACAUUCAACAAGCGAAGAAAGACACCGAACCUGAAUAUAAUUUAAUUAGUGAAGAAGGACAGGGUCGUAAAAAAGAGUUUACAAUUCAAGUAAAAAUUGGCCAAAAUAUAGCAAUUGGAAAGGGUCCGAAUAAAAAAUUAGCAAAGAGGGCAGCUGCUGAAGAAAUGCUUGAAAAUUUAGGUUAUCAUCGUCAAAUGGCGCAACCAUCAAAACCGGCAAUUAGAAACUCUAGUGAAGGACAGCAUGAUAAGAAAAACGUAUCCUUUAGCGAUGAUAAAAAAGGUUGUCAACUAGCUCCUGGCUUACUAUAUAUGAAUAAUGGAACAAAGAAAACGAAAGGAAAUAGAGAUUCUAAUACGAUGUUUCUUAUUGCUAAACAAUUAGUAGAUAAUGGAGAAUCGGAUGGCUUAGCAGAUGUCUCACGAAAAGCAACAGCUGAAGAGAACUUAAAAACCUUAUGCGACAGAUUCGAUAUAGAAAUGACCUACACAGAUUUUCCCAGAGGAGGUGACAAGACCGCAGUGAUUACUCUUUUGAAAGUGAAUACAUGUCCACCUCAAGUAACACAUGGAUCAGCCGAAACCAAAGCCGAGGCCAGGGAAACGGCAGCCCAAAUUGCAUUGGAGAAAUUGGCUGAAAUGCUGCCUCAUCAAUUAUCAACCGCCGUUGUUUCGGUGAGAUCGACUUCAACAAUUACGUCGUCUACUUCGACCUCAACUCCUACGUAG